AUGGCGUCGAUUUGAGUUGACAACCGCGACGGCGAAAGUCGAAUGCAGAAUAAUUAUGUUUACAGAUUUAUGGUAAAUAGCUGUAGCAACUGAAACGAUUAAAAAUGGCAACCCAGUUGAUGUAUGCUCAGGGUCAAGGAGGGUUUGGUGGCCACAUCUAUGACCACGGAGGGCAUGCUGGCAAAAAUGGAAGCAGCUUUGCAUUCAGAAAACGUUUUGAGAGGGUUGAUUGGAGAAAAAUUGCAUCAGUUGAUGUUGAUCACAUAUCAAGGACUCUUGACUUCAACGCCCUUCAAGAAAAUAUCAUGAAUAUUACAUUUUGCAACAUUGAAACAGAACUGGACCUUAGAAUGGUGGAUCCUAACUUUGUCAAAUUAUUUAAAUUAGCACAACUUACGAUAGAGUAUCUUUUGCAUUCUCAAGAUUAUUUGGCUGGACUCGUUGCUUCUAAUGAAGAAAAAGCAAAAAAAGAGAAGGAGGACCACAAUGAGCUGCAGAAGCAGGUGGAGAAACUCCAACAGGAGCUCAGUGAUGUCAAGAAGGAGAGUCACAAGAGGAAGAAGCUUCUCAUGGCUCAGCAGCAGAUGAUGCAUGCUGGCUCCGGCAGCUAUAAUAAGUGUCCAUACUGUACGAAAGCAUUUCUGAACAGCUCCUUCCUCCAGUCCCACAUCAGUCGUCGCCAUGCAGGCUCGGUGGGCGUGUCCAAGUCGUCCAGCCCCACCCAUGGAGGCAGCAUUAAUCAGACACUGGAGCUGGAGCUGCAGGCCAUCAAAGAAGGUCGCCUGACAGAAUCACAGCUCAAGGAUGACCCAAGAUGUUGGAUUCAGCAAGAGAAUAAGAUAUCAUCUGUAGUGACUGCACACAUGCAGGCCUUCAAGGAAUCGGAGGGCGGAGACCAUGAGGAGAUUGAGAGAAUGAAGGAAAUUUUUAUGAAAGAACUUCAGGAUGUCAAUCAGAAGUAUAUGGCCUCUGAGCGAGCUCUUGUGGAACUGGAAUCUAGAGUUGGUGCCAAGAGGUCAAACUUGGGUGUAAUCAUGGACGAUGAUGACAAUGACAAUGAGAAGAGCUUCUUACAGCGCCAGAAAGAUGGCGUUCUCCUGCUGAAGGAGGAACUUCAGCAUCAGGUUAUGACAGUUGAGUCCAAGCUGAAGACGGAGUUGGGCAAACAGGAGAAAAAAUGGCAGAAGAAGGUUCACAAGAUGACGAAGCAGCACGCUGAUGAACUGAGGAAGCUGAAUGACGCUCUAGAACACACGAGUCGGGAGACAGGGAAACGGGCGACAACACCAGAGGCUCGGCAACAUCAGCAGCAAGUGGAGAAUCUACUCAGGAGAUCUCGAGAGCAGGAGAAGAUGUUGACCUCCCAGGAAGAAAUAUUGAAGAUGGAAGUGGAUAAACCAAUUGUUACGUCCCAGGUAACUCACCUGUCUGUCCCCAAGUCACCCCGUCCCACACGCCCCUCGUCACCUGGGAGGAUGAUGAGCAUGGUGCCAAGUGAAGAAGAUGAUGAAAGCACAAUGUUUGGCACCGGCAGCAUGAGCAACACUGGGCGGAAAACCUUACAGAGCACACUUGGAACGACAGGCACACUGGGUGAACGUACACUUGGCACAACACAGUUCCUGGAACAGCUGAGGAAGAACCCCACCCUGAAGAUAAUGCAUGAUGAGUUCGCUUCCUUACUGGACGAGCAGGUGGCCAAGAGAGGAAUACCACAUGGCACACAUGGAAUCACUCAACAAGUCCUUGACAACAAGCUGGCCAUGAUGAAAACACAGAGACAGUCAUAUGUCAAGAAAUUCCCUGAUUUUGAAGCUCUACGACAGUAUUAUGAUAGAAUUGCCGAACAGAAGGCACUUGAGAAAGUGAGAGCCAUGAAGACAUCCCCCCCACUGCCACCUCGCAAUCUGAACCACUCACUGCCCUCAUCACACAUAGAAUCUCAGCAGUCAUCAUUGAGGUCCCCUGCACAAACUCCAGCCCGCUCCCCUAGCCCCAGGGUCAGGAGCCCCCAGCCCCAGGGUAGGAACCCAGGCUUCUCCCCACCCAAACCACCCAAACCUGCCCCUCGGUCCACCACCCCACAGAGAACUCUUCAAUCAACUGGCUCCACGACUGAAUGGACCAGCACUCAGUGGGAUUCAGAGGAAGAGUCAGAGGAAGAAGAGGUGGGAGGAAGAGGCCAACCAAUUAUGGUGACACCUUCCAAGUCUAACCGCCAGCCAGCUCCCUCCCCAAGUCCUCGCCCCCGAGGUCAAGUGAUUCAGUCAAGGCCCCUACAUGACAUUGAUGACGAUGACUGGGAUGAUUCAGAGAGCAUGGUAACCCCGAAACCUGCACCGGUCAAGACCCGGGUCAUCAUGUCUCAGCCAAAGGGGCAGAAAGUGUCGGAGCUCUCCCGGUCAAUAGAGUCACAACUUGUGGGGAGGAAGAAGGGAGACAAGCCAUUCGGAGGUGUGGACACGAUGGAGAGAACUGGGGGAAAGAAGACCAAUAAUGUAGAUAUCCUGGAGGACAUUGACGGCAGUGACUGGGAUGUGUCUCCUGUUGAGGAUGAGGAACCUCAGAGAGGACUGAAACGUCCACCAACAAGGAACAGUAACCGUGGCAGCCAUGCAGAGACCGAUUUCUCCACCAACACGUAUGGCACCAGUGUCUGGGGAUCUUCAUCUAAAGCGGCCAGCACAGCACACAACCGAGCGUCCACAUCGAAGAGUUCCUUCAUCACAGAUGUCAGCUCUGAUGAAGAACUUGACCUUGACAACAUUUAGAUGGAGGGAAGAUAAUUUGACCUCUCCAUUCUGUUGAAGAAAUACAUGAUGACUGACUUUGACAACAAGACAAGGAGGAAAUACCUUGUCUUCCAUACAUCUACUUGAAGAACUGUUGACAUUGACACCACACGGUUGGAGAAAUGAAAGUUUUACCUUGACAUCUUGAUGAAGAGAGGAAAUACUGCCCGUGACCUUGACAACAUUAAGUUGAACAGAGAAACUACUGACUUUCACCUUGAUACCAUCAAGAUGAAGAGAGGAAACUCUGACCUCGUCCUUGACAUCAAGAUGAAGAGAGGAAAUACUGACCUUGACAUCAAGAUGAAGAGAAGAAAUACUGACCUUGACCUUGACAUCUACAUAAGACAGAAAAUACUGACGUUGACAGAGACAACCUAAAUGUGAAGAGAGGAAUUCAGGUUCAUAUGUUUUUUUGAGACUGACUAUUUCAAAGUGGAGGCAUAUUUAAUCAUAUAGAUAAGGGAAACUUGAUCCUCACAAUAAGUAUUCAAUGCCUCAAUGGUAAGUGGAACUGUUUGGUGAUGGUAUACUGUGUGCUAUAUAAUUUGCUAACCUGGAUGAGAGAAACUUGCUCCUAUCAGCUAGUUUGUGAGCAAUGUAGCUUUUCAGAAUUGAAAAAGUAAAGUAUUCCUGUGUGAUUUGAUGACAAGUCUACUUUUCAUUUCCGGGAUAUGAAACCAGAGAAAAUAUUUUUUACAAUUGAACCACAUGUGUUUUGGAUAGAAGGCGUUAGCUGUUUGUGUUCUGGCCUCAUCAGUCAGUACUGAAAGAAGUUGUGAUGAUUUACCCUCCAUUUAUUAUAAGCUUGCAUAAUGCCAUAUCAGGUGUUAAGGAUGAAUCCAGUGUUAUAAAUGGUAGUUUAUCACACAGUCCUUGCAUAUGAAUUCCAAUGUAUUUUAAAUAUCCAUCCACAUACAUCAAACCAGUGCGGCUCCCAAGUGUAUUUUAUCAGUAUGAAAUGGCGUCAGAGUUUGUGAUGUUCUAUAUUUUGAUGUAUUUCAUACCUGUAUUGUCACCCUGCAUAAUCAGUGUAUUAAUGUUUGCAUAAUCUGUGAAAAUCCAUGGAUGAUAUUUUAUCAUAUGAAUUGUAUAU